GUGAAGCAUAAAUUAAACUGAAAUCCACAUUUUUGCUGCCCCACUUGUCUCCCCCUGAAGCUGCAGUCUGUUAGCAUAAGCCUGCCCACCGGCCGUUUUCAAACACAAGAGGCGCACACCGCAGAUUUACUGAAUAAUCACUGAAACAGUUUGCAUGAGGUUCUCUUUCCUGGUCGUGGAUGAAAGAUGGGGAAAUGAGGAUGACACAGAUAUGACUUUUGUGUGAGAUCUCAAAUUAUUUAUUGAGUUAUUGGCAGUUAAAUGUCAUCUGUACGGAACAUCGUUGUGUACGGAAUACAGUUAGUCUACGUUAAACGAUUUGUUUAAAAACUCGACGCUACUACUACAACCGACCGGAACGCCCAAAACUGCAGUGUUGGCGCGUAUGAGGUAAAAAUGCACAUAACUUUAAAAUAAACACUCCUGAGUUGAUUUCAUCGUUGAAUCAAUAUUGUUCGAUUUCUUUUUACGCCAAGCUUGUAGCCGCAAUCCCCAAAAGUUGCAAAUCCGCGAGUUGAACUUCCACGACGACGAUGUAAGCAGCUGGCUGGUACGAUAUAUGAACUGUAGAGGACGCAAACAACAAUCGUUAUCACAGUAUAGCAUCUUCCUCUUUCAGUCAAGUAACGUUAUGCAUUUAAAUACACCCAGAAUUGCAUAACACAUAGCGAUUGCAACGCUUUAAAGUGUUAUCAUAACAGUUAUGAAUCAAUUGCCUUUAUUAGGAUUUAGUCCAAAGCAUUAAAUAUGUUAAUGUGAGGUUUGAUUAUCAAAAACAAAACUGUUGCAUUAAAAAGGGGCGUGGAUUAUAAAACGUCUGUGGAAUGUCUGAAGUAAACAUUUGCAUAGUUUGUUUUUAUGAUGUGUUUAUAUAGCCACAGGUACAGUUUUAGACAUAACUACAAAUACUUAUAUUAAGCGUGCCAAAUGCGUACAUGUAAAGUGAUUUUAGAUUUUUACCUUUUUUUAGUAUUACUGGUUCAUCCACAAAAAUAUAUUUAAAAAAACUAAAAUAAAAAUAUAUAGCCACAACAUGCUUAUUGCUUUCAUACAGUAUUAUAUUAAAAUACACCACAAUUUUACUAUGUAUUUUUACUGACUGUGCAGAUAUUUUGGCAGUUUGAAUUAUGGGCGUGUUUAUCUCAAAGGUUUAACUGCGACGCUGCAUGCGCAAGGCCGAUCAGCUUAUGACAUCAAAGUACCGCGAGAAUUUAUAAAUGCCGUUAAAUGAAACUCUGUAGUUCCCUUGCAGAUGGCAGCCUCCUCAAAUCUGUCUGGUGAAGAUUCAUUCUAGACAGAAGAAGAAGAAACUGGACUUCAUUGGUUACUGUAGCGGCGCGUACAUUAAAUAGUUUAGAAAACAUUUCAGUCAUAUUAAUAAACUGUCUGUACGUGAAACAUCGUUUAUGUCUUGAACUGAGGUUAUCGUAAAGAAUGUAAUAAAAGCUUGUGAUGGAGGCGAUGCGCUGCAGUGUGGAGUAUUUAUCUGAGUUCAGUGACUGUCAAUCAUACAAAACGCACAUCAUUCAAGACGGCACAAAUUUGCUGUUGACCAGCGGAGACUCUUAUGUACUCGUGUUUCAUAUCCAGCAAAAAAGAGUCACGACCGUACUGCACUUUGAAACUCCAGUGACAUAUGUAGCACUAAGUGAUGAUAAACUUCGACUUUAUGCCCUUUGUGAGAGCGGUGGGCUUUACUGCAUUCCUCUGCCUACGAGUUCUUCUGCGUUCUCGGUGAACAAAAGUACAGACCCGGUCAUGACCAAAAUCUCAGAUGACUACAUUGUCCUCAGAAAUGUAAGCCUGCAAGCUGUCAUCAUAGUUGAGAAGAUCCUCGUGACCCUCAGUCUUCACAAGUCCGUCUGGAGUUUUGAUGUCUACGAAGAGCCUGGAUCCAAGCCCCUUCAUAAACUUGCAUGUUUCCGGGUCACAACUGUCAACACACACACUCAACACGACUCUCUAAACACCACAGAAGAUUUAAUAAACACAGAUAAAAAUAGGAAGUUCCUCCCUGUGCUGACAUGCAUAUACCCCGCCAUCUCCACGUCUCUCCGAGCUCACAAGUCUGACCUCCAUCAUAAUCUUGAGCUUCGUCUCUUCAGGCUCUUGUUUGGAGUAGAUGCCUCUUUAGUCAAUUCUCCAGUCAUUCUCUGUGGUUUACCCGAUGGACGUAUUUGUUGCUUUCCUCUGCUCCUCCCCCAAACGUCUGGUCCAAAAGGUGAGCACAGGUCACCAAUAAAAGUGCUGCAGAGCUUAGAACAGCCAAUCGUCUUUAUUGGAACCUGCGACUCUGGGGAGGGCGGACCUCAGUGUCUUGUCGCAGUUGGUCAAAGAGGCAAACUUUUGUUGGUCAGAAGCAAGGAAGCUGAUUCGGAAAACAAGAAUGCAGAUUACAGUUUCAAUGAACAUAGCAUACGAGGACCAGUGCUGUGUGCCUGUGUUGAUGAUAAAUGCCUUUUCUACAGCUCACUUAAUGACCUACAAGCUCUUCAACUCACCAAAACAUCAUUACCAGAGGAAGCAACCGAAUCCCAGCUUCCAGCUCUGAGCUCAAACAGUCUUGGUGUAUGCAGGGUUGUAGCACUGGCUAGGCCAUAUACCAAUGCCACAGUUGAAGGAUCAGCGCACCUUUUGGCCUUAUCCUUAAGUGGAAAGCUCAUGCAGGUGAAUCUCCCACAAGGGCACGAUAAAGAAAACCAAUCAACGUUCUCCUCAUCUCAAGCAGGACAGAGAGUGAAAGAUCUCCUGGCAUCCAUUGGAAAUGUUUGGGAGAAGGCGGAGUCCUUGAAACAGAAACUGCAGGGGAAAAAUGAAUCUCUCAAGCGUCUUAAUCAGGUCAUGAAUGUUUGCAACCUCCUACUGAACAAUCGUGGGCAUCAAAGGGAAUUUAAUAUGGACAAGCAACCAAUCAGCUGUCGUGGUGUGGUUAGAUGGAGCUCGUUGCUCCAAAAGGACUCUUUGACUCUCACGUGUGUACUAGAAAACGCAAGUACGUUUACAUUGGAACAAGGCUGGACUUUGUGCCUUCAGGUGCACCCAUUAUCCCAAUCUCAAGAGUGCUCAUCCAGGACUUACUCAUUCCCAUUCAGGAAACUGGACUGUGGUCAAAAACUUAAUGUAACUAUUCCUAUUGAAAGGGUCGAUGAGUUGCCAGUAAAUGUCUUUUGUUCUCUGGCUUUCACUCUUACUGCUUUAUUUGGAGCAUCUGAUUCAUCUUCCCAAUCUCUUGGCGUUUCCCAGCACACAAGCAUUGGGUCCAUCAGUGUACCUCUUAAUACUUUAACAGUUGAUUGGCUAGAUGCUUUAAGACUAGAACGAUCAUUUCCUCCUGGACACAACAGUACUGCGGACACCAUCCAAGCCUUUCUGCGUUCAAAAGGAGUACUAACCCAAGACUCCGAUAUUGCUCCUAAAUCCGGACAUUGUGGGGUGGUGGUGAGGGUAUCAUCAGAGCUUCUAAAAAGCAAACUACACCUCACAGCCACCAGCAGUGCAGAAAUGUGUUCGUCUGUACUAAACUGGUUGGUUUCUAAGCCUGAUACAGCAGAACUUGUAUCUGUACAAACUCAAGUUGUGUGUGCCUACAGCCCUGAUGGACAACCUGUCAAGCUACUGGCUAAAGAGGUGACUUUGGGAGAUUUUAGUUCUGAAGGGCCUCUAAAUGUCCUUGAGAUUUGUGUGGAGAGUUCUUCUUUGGCAGCGGUGUGUGGACUGCAUCAUGCCAUUCUGAGGCGUCUACAGGUGCUACUCGGAGACAGAACCACAAAUCAUGGGCAUGCAAAACCAUUGCAAGCACAAAGACUGUGCGAAACUGUCCGUCAUGUUGAGUCGCUUUAUAAAGACCUUCAGGAUGCUUACAAUCAAGCUGCUCUUGGUGGAACAACAGAAUCGAACAAAAGCUCUGAGAUACUGUUUCGCAUUUUUCUUGACCUGAGGUCAAACCCACUUGUCAUUAUUUGAAUGAAU